CUCUCUCUCUCUCUCUCUCUCUUUCCCUGUCUACCUCUUUUUCUCUGUUCAAGUAGACACACAAACACACAAACUGUCCUUCAUCAUCUUCAUACCUGCAAUACUGCUUACUAUUGGCUACAGUCAGUACUAGAGCCCAACAUAAUGACGGCCGUGUCUGGAUCAGGACUCCUGCUCUUGCUGUGUCUGUUAUCAGCUGCUGAAUGUGACCUGGAUGUGCUCGGCACUGUGGGUGAUGAUGUGACUCUGCCGCUUAAAUAUGAUGCCAGAGCAAAUGGUCUAAGUUGUAUAUGCUGGGGACGAGGUGUAGUACCAUCCUCAGGCUGUGGCAAUCAGCUGCUCGCCACUGACGGUCUAAGAGUGAAAAAAGACUCACUGGUGUCCAGCAGGUACCAGCUCCUGGGUGACCUGAGAAAGGGGGAUGUUUCACUGACGAUAUUAAACGUCAGUGAGAUGGACUCCGGACGAUACGGAUGCAGAGUGGGAAGAGAGGGAUGGUUCAACGACGAUAAAUAUCACUUUUCACUGAGAGUUCAGAAAGAUACUAAGCCCACCCCAAAGUGGAAAUUGGAUGAUGUUACCUCCACAGAACAGACCAUAUUGAAGUACACACAAGUUACUGAAGCACGGAAGGAAACAGGAAGUGAUGAGGCAAUGGACUACACUGAGGGCCCUGUGGUGACAAGUGUGAAGACGUAUCAGCAGUCAGACCUCCAGCAGAGCAGCCUAUGGGGCUUCACAGGAAACACACUCAGACUGUCCUUCAUCAUCUUCAUACCUGCACUACUGCUUACUGUUGGCUACAGAUUGAUGAGGUCACAGCAGAGAGCGUGGAAUGGACGACGGAUUAAAUAUGACCAAGAAGACAACUCAUUGUAGUGUGUGUGUGUGUGUGUGUGUGUGUGUGUGUGUGUGUGUGUGUGUGUGUGUGUGUGUGUGUGUGUGUGUGUGUGUGCAUGCUUGAACAGAGUGUUUGUCUGUUAAUGAGGGUGUGUUAAAGUUAGUGUGAGUGUUUUUCUGCAUGCUUGAUCAAUAAUUACAGUUUCCGCAGUAAAACAAGUUUGUUACAUACAUUUUUCGUGGUAUCUUUGUCUUUCACCUUUUAGUUUAAACUAUUCUAAACACAAUAAAAAACUAAAAGAAUUGUCACGA